UUCGCCACAAGAUGGCACUGACCUGCAGACAAAGGAAAUCGCAGUGGCACUGACUUUAAACAGGCUUGUAAAUGCGCCUUCCUCUGAGUCAAGGACUAGAGGGGUGAGGGCUCGGGUUUGAGCAGGAGAAAUACCAUCGGAUCUUUUCCUCCCCUCCGGUGACACUCUUCCCGCUUCUACAUCAGCGAACCGACGGAUUCUUCAAAAGAGUAUUCAGUUCAAAGAAAUGAAGAAUUGAGAAUCAUUUUGGUGAAUGGAUUCCAAUAUAUGGAAUAAGAAUAAGCUGGAGAUUUGACCUGUUUUGAGGAAACAUACAGUCCAUUUGUCUAAUCGAUAACAACGAAACCUAAAAAAUGAAUUCAACACUCUUCUCUCAAGUUGAAAAUCACUCAUUUCACUAUAACAUCUCAGAGAACUCUCCACUUCUGGCUUUUGAAAAUGAUGAUUGCCACCUGCCCUUGGCUGUGAUAUUUACUUUGGCUCUUGCUUAUGGAGCUGUGAUUAUUCUUGGGGUCUCUGGAAACCUGGCAUUGAUCAUAAUCAUCCUGAAACAGAAAGAGAUGAGAAAUGUCACCAACAUCCUCAUCGUGAACCUUUCCUUCUCAGACUUGCUGGUGGCCAUCAUGUGUCUCCCUUUCACUUUUGUGUACACGCUGAUGGACCACUGGGUCUUCGGUGAGACCAUGUGCAAACUGAAUCCCUUUGUCCAAUGCGUCUCCAUCACGGUAUCCAUUUUCUCUCUGGUUCUCAUCGCUGUGGAGCGGCAUCAGCUGAUCAUCAACCCAAGAGGGUGGAGACCAAGCAACAGACAUGCUUACAUCGGCAUUGGUGUCAUUUGGGUCCUCGCUGUGGCUUCUUCUCUGCCCUUCCUGAUCUACCAAGUUCUGACCGAUGAACCCUUCCAAAACGUAACACUUGCUGCCUUCAAGGACAAAUACGUGUGCUUUGACAGAUUCCCGUCAGACUCUCACAGGUUGUCGUACACGACCCUCCUUCUGGUGCUGCAGUACUUCGGCCCACUCUGCUUCAUAUUUAUAUGCUACUUCAAGAUAUACAUUCGCUUGAAAAGGAGAAACAACAUGAUGGACAAGAUGAGGGACAGCAAGUACAGGUCCAGCGAGACCAAACGCAUCAACGUCAUGCUGCUCUCCAUCGUGGUGGCCUUUGCAGUCUGCUGGCUGCCCCUUACCAUCUUCAACACUGUGUUCGACUGGAACCACCAGAUCAUUGCCACCUGCAACCACAACCUGCUGUUCCUGCUCUGCCACCUCACGGCCAUGAUCUCCACCUGUGUCAACCCUAUCUUUUAUGGGUUCCUGAACAAAAACUUCCAGAGAGACUUGCAGUUCUUCUUCAACUUCUGUGAUUUCCGGUCUCGAGACGAUGACUACGAGACCAUAGCCAUGUCUACCAUGCACACAGAUGUGUCUAAGACUUCUCUGAAGCAGGCAAGCCCCGUCGCAUUUAAAAAAAUCAAUGUGGAUGACAAUGAAAAAAUCUGAAGCCGCUCAGAACAUACGGUCCCAGGCUACAUCCGUGAAAAAGCAAGCACAACCUGCCGCAUGCUUUCGUUACCUGUGCUCCCAGGGGAUGGAGUGAAAUGGCUUUGGAAAGUCCAGGACACUCUGGGUUGCAUUUGACUGCUUUUGUUAUGGUUGCCACGAUUACUUGGCAUCAACAUGAGUGGACUUUGUAGCCUUCUGGCAACAGUUUUGUCUAGACUUCCUUGGCGUGUAUGUGUGUGCAUUUGUGUCCGUGUCUGUCUCUGUCUGUGUGUGUGCAUGUGUGUGAAAUUAUGCAUAUGACAUAAAGAUUCUUAUAUUUAUUGGAGUAAAUUUCUCUGAAAUAUUAUCAUGAGCUCGCUUCAAAAGCUGUAGCCACCUGAUAUUCUCAAGAUUUGGGGGCCUUCAAGAUUAGAUGAGAUUUCCAAGGCCCUGGACUAUCUUUGUUCCAUGCUAGGCAUCAUUUUAGUCUGUUACAAGGGUGACAGUACACAAGUCACCUUUUAGAAUGUGCCAGAGCCAGAAGAGAGUCUGAAGUCAUUCGAUGGCAUUUCUCUCUUUCUCUCUCUGUCUCUUUUCUGAGAGGACUGGAUUUGUCACUCCUAGUCGAGUAUCACUUAAGAUAAAGAUAUGUAAAGAACACGUUUUCAGCUGGGACUGCCACUGGGAAUUAGGCAACCCACAUGAAUGAAGUGGCAAAGCAGUUCCCUGAUUUCAAAACCUUUCUGACAACCAAAGCAUUUCAGGGUAAUUAGCUUAAUAAGUAAAUUAGUCUUGCUGCAGAUACUUCAAUUGUAUCCACAGGACUUGAUACUCGAGAGGUUUUGCAUCGUUCCUAAGAGUGUUCAGCACUGUCAAGAUUUCUGGCACAAACAUGUGACUCUGAGAGCAUUUCCAGCUCACACUGCACAGAAACAUAGUAUGCAUUUUCCAUGCAACAGUGCCUAUGUAGUAACUAGUACUUAACUCUUUUUAACUGUUUAUCUUUCAUGGCAGAGGAUACAUGGACAAUGUUAAAAGGAUGUUCACCGCAGCUAGCAGGUAUCUAUCCAUACCCGUCCGUACCUAACACUUUCACACAGCCAGCCCAUCCUAGCUUGUAUAAACUGUGUGACGUGUGGAGUUUUAUAAUCAUAUACUAUUAUAUUAAAGAAUACUGAGUAGCCAUGUCAUAUUAACAAACUUACUUCCACAUAUCCUGUAAUCAUGAUUCAGCCUCAGAAAAGAUAUUUUGAAGAACAAGACAGUUUCAAUGUAUUAUACAAAAUGUUGAGUGUAUUUGGUUUUAGAAGGGCAAACACUUUCUGUAUUAAAAUUGUUGGGGCUUUUUCA